AUGGCGUUAAUGUUUUCAGGACAUUUCCUAUUUUUAGCAUUAGUGACGUUUGGUUUCUCUACUUUCGAAGAGUCUGUGAGCAAUUACUCUGAAUGGGCAGUUUUCACAGAUGAUAUAGGUCAGUUUAAGAUGCAGAAAGUGCAGGAUUUCAGACCCAACCCAAAGCUGAAGAAAAGUAUGCUUCAUCCAAGUUUAUAUUUUGAUACUGGAGAGAUCCAAGCAAUGAGACAAAAGUCUCGCACAAGCCAUUUGCAUCUUUUUAGAGCUAUCAGAAGUGCAGUGACAGUUAUGCUGUCCAACCCAACAUACUACCUACCUCCACCCAAGCAUGCUGAUUUUGCUGCCAAGUGGAAUGAAAUUUAUGGUAACAAUCUGCCUCCUUUAGCAUUAUACUGUUUAUUAUGCCCAGAAGACAAAGUUGCCUUUGAAUUUGUCUUGGAAUAUAUGGACAGGAUGGUUGGCUACAAAGACUGGCUAGUUGAGAAUGCACCAGGGGAUGAGGUUCCAAUAGGUCAUUCCCUAACAGGUUUUGCCACGGCCUUUGACUUUUUAUAUAACUUAUUAGAUAAUCAUCGAAGACAAAAAUAUCUGGAAAAAAUAUGGGUUAUUACUGAGGAAAUGUAUGAGUAUUCAAAGGUGCGGUCGUGGGGCAAGCAACUUCUCCAUAACCACCAAGCUACUAACAUGAUAGCAUUACUCACAGGGGCUUUGGUGACUGGGGUAGAUAAAGGAUCUAAAGCAAAUAUAUGGAAACAGGUUGUAGUAGAUGUGAUGGAAAAGACGAUGUUUCUAUUGAAUCAUAUUGUUGAUGGUUCUUUGGAUGAAGGGGUCGCCUAUGGCAGCUACACAGCUAAAUCAGUCACACAAUAUGUUUUUCUGGCCCAGCGCCAUUUUAAUAUCAACAACUUGGAUAAUAACUGGUUAAAAAUGCACUUUUGGUUUUAUUAUGCCACUGUUUUACCGGGCUUCCAAAGAACUGUGGGUAUAGCAGAUUCCAAUUAUAAUUGGUUUUAUGGUCCUGAGAGCCAGCUAGUUUUCUUGGAUAAGUUCAUCUUAAAGAAUGGAGCUGGAAAUUGGUUAGCUCAGCAAAUUAGAAAGCACCGACCUAAAGAUGGACCAAUGGUUCCUUCCACUGCCCAAAGGUGGAGUACUCUUCACACUGAAUAUAUCUGGUAUGAUCCCCAACUAACUCCACAGCCUCCUGCUGAAUAUGGUACUGCAAAAAUGCACAUGUUUCCUAACUGGGGUGUUGUCACUUAUGGGGCUGGGUUGCCAAACACACAGACCAAUACAUUUGUGUCUUUUAAAUCUGGGAAGCUGGGGGGACGAGCUGUGUAUGACAUAGUUCACUUUCAGCCAUACUCUUGGAUUGAUGGGUGGAGAAGCUUUAACCCAGGACAUGAACAUCCAGAUCAGAAUUCAUUUACUUUUGCCCCCAAUGGGCAAGUAUUUGUUUCUGAAGCUCUCUAUGGACCCAAGUUGAGCCACCUUAAUAAUGUAUUGGUGUUUGCUCCGUCACCCUCAAGCCAGUGUAAUAAGCCCUGGGAAGGUCAACUGGGAGAAUGUGCACAGUGGCUUAAAUGGACUGGUGAGGAGGUUGGUGAUGCAGCUGGGGAAAUCAUCACUGCCUCUCAACACGGAGAAAUGAUAUUUGUGAGUGGGGAAGCAGUGUCCGCAUAUUCUUCAGCGAUGAGACUGAAAAGUGUGUAUCGUGCUUUACUUCUCUUAAAUUCUCAAACUCUGCUAGUCGUUGAUCACAUUGAGAAGCAAGAAGAUUCCCCAAUAAAUUCUGUCAGUGCCUUCUUUCAUAAUCUGGAUAUUGAUUUUAAAUACAUCCCAUAUAGGUUUAUGAAUAAAUAUAAUGGUGCCAUGAUGGAUGUGUGGGAUGCACACUACAAAAUGUUUUGGUUUGAUCAUCAUGGCAAUAGCCCUGUGGCGAGUAUCCAGGAAGCAGAGCAAGCUGCUGAAUUUAAGAAACGGUGGACUCAAUUUGUUAAUGUUACAUUUCAGAUGGAAUCUACAAUCACAAGAAUUGCAUAUGUCUUUUAUGGGCCAUAUGUCAACGUUUCCAGCUGCAGAUUCAUUGAUAAUUCCAAUUCUGGACUUCAGAUUUCUGUCAAUGUCAAUAAUACUGAGCAGGUUGUUUCCAUUGUAACUGACUACCAUAACCUGCAGACAAGAUUCAAUUACCUGGGAUUUGGUGGCUUUGCCAAUGUGGCUGAUCAAGGCCGAAUUACCCGAUUUGGUCUGGGCACUCAAGCAAUAGUAAAGCCUGUAAGACAAGAUAGAGUUGUUUUUCCCUUUGGAUUUAAAUUUAAUAUAGCAGUUGGAUUAAUUUUGUGCAUUAGCUUGGUGAUCCUAACUUUUCAAUGGCGGUUUUACCUUUCUUUUAGAAAGUUAAUGCGAUGGAUACUAAUACUUGUUAUUGCACUGUGGUUCAUUGAGCUUCUGGAUGUGUGGAGCACUUGCACUCAGCCCAUCUGUGCAAAAUGGACAAAGACCAAGGCUGAGACAAGCAAGAAGUCUUUGUCUUUUGAAGGGCACCACGUCGAUCUUCCUGAUGUUGUUAUUACCUCACUUCCUGGUUCAGGAGCUGAAAUUCUCAAACAACUUUUUUUCAACAGUAGUGAUUUUCUGUACAUCAGGGUUCCUACAGCGUACAUUGAUAUCCCUGAAACUGAAUUUGAAAUAGACUCAUUUGUAGAUGCCUGUGAAUGGAAAGUGUCAGAAAUCCGGAGUGGGCAUUUUCGUUUACUCCGAGGCUGGUUGCAGUCUUUAGUGCAGGACACGAAACUGCAUUUGCAAAACAUCCAUCUGCAUGAACACAGUAGGAAUAAACUGGCCCAAUAUUUUGCAAUGAAUAAAGACAAAAAAAGAAAAUUGAAAAGGAGAGAGUCUUUGCCAGAACAAAAAAGUAGAAUGAAAGGCGCCUUUGAUAGAGAUGCUGAAUAUAUUAGGGCUUUGAGGAGGCACCUGGUCUAUUACCCAAGUGCACGUCCUGUGCUCAGUUUAAGCAGUGGGAGCUGGACAUUAAAGCUUCAUUUUUUUCAGGAAGUUUUGGGAGCUUCGAUGAGGGCAUUGUAUGUAGUAAGAGAUCCUCGGGCAUGGGUUUAUGCAAUGUUAUACAGUAGUAAACCAAGUCUUUACUCUUUGAAGAAUGUACCAGAGCACUUAGCAAAACUGUUUAAAAUAGAGAGAGGUAAAAGCAAAUGUAACUUGAAUUCAGGCUUUGCUUUUGAGUAUGAACCAUUGAGGAAAGAGUUAAAAUCUAGAUCAAAUGCGGUCUCCCUGUUGUCUCACCUGUGGCUGGCAAACACAGCAGCAGCCUUGAGAAUAAAUACAGAUUUGCUCCCUACCAGCUACCAGCUGGUCAAGUUUGAAGAUAUUGUGCACUUUCCUCAGAAAACCACUGAAAGGAUUUUUGCCUUUCUUGGAAUUCCUUUGUCUCCUGCUAGUUUAAACCAAAUAUUGUUUGCCACCUCCACGAACCUUUUUUACCUUCCCUAUGAAGGGGAAAUAUCACCAACUAAUACUAACAUUUGGAAACAAAAUUUGCCUAGAGAUGAAAUUAAACUAAUUGAAAACAUCUGCUGGACACUGAUGGAUCGUCUAGGUUAUCCAAAGUUUAUGGACUAA